AGGCGUGUAUUGUGUUUUUGGAUAUCGUUCUAUUGGCGAACCCCGCCCUUCUCUUGUAUAUAAUCCCUGCAGUCACGAAAGCUUUAAAUCAAAAUAUAUAAACUCAGCUAACGUCCGAACAUUCAACCUCCGUCCUCUGGAACCCGGCUGGCUCGCAUGCAGGGACCGAUGCUCCACCUCACAUGGCUGGCUCUGGUCGCCGUGGCCCACGCAGCUGGGACCAACUCGCCGGGGCUUUCCGCGACGACUCCCGAUCUGAGCGUCUCCACCCACGGAGACUUCCACGAUGUCAACCGGUCAUCAUCGACCGAGAUCAGUCCACUGCUGGAUGGAGGCCUCCCCAAGCCGUCGCCGUCACUCACGAUCAUGCGAUCGGCUCAAGUCAAUUCGACCGAGCCCCUUCGACCGAAUGCAAACAACAGCCACGCGUCGGAGCAGCCUCAAGCCCAGGAGGAUUUCAUUCACAGCACAAAAGCCUUGCGGGUGGUGACAUCUUCUGCAGUGAGCGAUGUCAACCAGUCAUCAUCGACCGGGAUCAGUCCACUGCUGGAUGGAGGCCUCCCCAAGCCGUCGCCGUCACUCACGAUCCUGCGAUCGGCUCAAGUCAAUUCGACCGAGCCCCUUCGACCGAAUGCAAACAACAGCCACGCGUCGGAGCAGCCUCAAGCCCAGGAGGAUUUCAUUCAAAGCACAAAAGCCUUGCGGGUGGUGACAUCUUCUGCAGUGAGCGGUGGGUGCAGUGGCAGGGGCUGUGGCGAGUGCCCAUCGCCACCACCGCAGGGUCAAUUGUCGUGCCACGACUCUGGCGUGGGGAUAAUAGAUCUGCGUGAUCAUCAAAAAUGCUUCCAGUCGCCCAGCCCAGAGCGGCUGUGUCACCGCGUGGCCCUGCUCCCCCUGUGGGGAGUCAGACAGCAGCAGUAG